GUUACUCUCUGAGAGGUACUCUAUCAUCUGUGAUCCCUUCGCCAUGAGCGUGCGGUCCCCGCCGCUGCCCGAACUCACUACCCAUGGCCAGCCUCGCAUACCGCCGGCCGCAGCACAGCCGCCGGCUCCUGCCCGUCCUGUCUCUGCCGUCACCGGCGGCGCCACGAAUAAUGCACAAGCACGCGCGCCGGAGACCAGAUCUGCUUUCCAAAGGGCCAAGUUGUGGGUGAAGGGGCUCCUUGGGUAUGCCGGCUCGAGACGGGCGCAGCGGGAUCGUCGGGAGGUUGUGGGCCUUAUCCUGUUUUUGAUCUACUCGGUCGCACAGAUUAUCGUCAUCCUGACGCUGACCACCCUCGGGGCGACGACUACCAGUCCUGUCCCCGUUCCUGACACAACCCCUCCUGUGCCACAGAGUGAACUAGCAGCUUGUUCACUGCUUGGCGCGUGGAAUCUUAUAUGGCUAGGGAGGACGAUUGUCAGAUGCUAUCUCGAAGUAUGGCUCUUCAGAUACAAGAGACAACUCAGGCGAGCGCGUAGAGCCGCGAGGCAACGUGCUCCCCGCGCAGACCUUCCACCGCUUGCAUUCCAGCAGGGUGAACAACAAGUUGGUCCUCAGGGAGGAAACGGUGCUGCUGCAGAGGAGCCAGCGCCGGCACCCAUCUGUCCAUUGACGUGGACGUCAAUCCGUUACGGCUUGUACAAAGCGGAUCCCUUCUUCACCAUCGUUUGGUUCUUCACUACUGUGCUUGUUAGCUGGGAACAUGGCUCCCGCUGUCGUGACGCCGCCAAGGACAUCUCAGCGAUCACCUACACCUUGCUUCUCAUGGUGUACGUCCAAUAUGUCUUCACAACGCUCAUUCCGACAAUCCGCCUGAUUCAAGCGAGGAGGCGGGCCAAUCGGCCAGUGGUUGGAAAGCUGUCGAAGAAGGAUGUCGACCGAAUACCACUGGUUCUUUACAUCCCUCCUCCGCCGGGCGACACGCCUGCCAGCCCCAUCUCCCCACUUCCGCGGUCUGUCACGUAUCCCAUACCCAGUCCAAGGCCCCCUCCACCUUCGUCUUUAAAGCGACGUCGCUUUAUUCCCUUUCGUCCGAGCCUAAAAGGCCACGACACCAAGGCAGAUCUAGCAGACCUCGAGAACGGCGAGGGGCUCAUGAGCCCCAUCGAUGAGGAACUCGACGAGUGGGAGCGCAGUUGGGAACGCGGGUCGUACCCUUUUGUUCGCCUCCCAGAGAACCGGGCGACGUGCAUGAUCUGUCUAUCGGAGUUCGAGGCCCCUAUGAGAGUGAGCGAAGGUGCGAGGCAGCCUGUAUCGGAAGGCGGUGGGCUCGAGAUGCGGCCGCUCUCCGCUACGCUGGAGGGGGGUCCCGUUGAGGAGCUUCGGGUUGAGUCUCCUAGGGAUGCGGACGCUCGUGCGAUCCAGCUCGCCGAUGGGGGCAGCAGCGACGCACCGCAGCCAUUGAGGCUGCUGAGCUGCGGGCAUGCGUACCACAAAGACUGUGUGGACCCGUGGCUAACGCAGAAGUCUGGGCGAUGUCCGUACUGUUCGGCCCGUGUUGAGAUUCCUCCCGCACCGGGGAGGAGGGACAGUAUCUGGAGGAGAGGGACUGUAUGAUUGUCGCCAAGCCUGUAUAACAUGUACAUGUCUUGGAACACGGACUUGGUCUGCUGAUCGUUUUGCAUUCACUACGCUUGCGUUGCUGUACUCAUUGCUUGAAAUUGAG